GUAUUGGAGGUCCAUUCCGAAGAAGCUGGAUCACUGGAUUAAGAUAUGUAUGAAAUUCCCCAAUAUUCACUCUCGAAUUCCCAUGUGUUUGAGGCACGGCAAGCCAAGGUAGGAAGAUGCCUUUGCAAGUGUCUUCCUUCUCUUCUUCAGGUCGCUAGAGUCAGGAAGGAGCUGUCAGGCAGAAGCAAUCCGUACCUUCCACUUCUAUCUUCCACUUCUUGCUUGCGCCUUCCCAACUUCGACUCUCUCAACCGGUCGCCAAUUUUCAUCAUUUUCCGCACUUACCUCUCAAGCUUUCCCCCCCCUCACCCUCAGCCUGUUACACUGCUCUCAACCUCGCUUUACCUUCACCACGAUCAAACGGCCGACUUUCUCGAAAAAGGUCCCGACUUUUCGCUAAUAGACAUCGAUUGUUCACGUUUGAAAAAGUCGAAGCGAAACCGUCAAAAUCGUCACGAUGUCCGCUAGUCCCUUGAUCAUGAUGGUCUUUGGAAAUCGCCGUCGUCUCACCGCCCAUCCAGAGACUUACAAUCAUCCCAUGACUGUCGCGCGGAAUGCGUUUGGCAGCAAGGCGGUCAAUCUGACUGUCAUUGCACUUCAAAGUCUGGGGAGCAGGAGUUCGAGCUUGACCGGUCAGCCUACAGGG